GACAAUGUAUUGGUAGAGAGUAGGAUGUCAACAACGCAAGGCGUCAUUGUUUCGGGAUGCGGAGCGCUUGUGAGGGACAAUAGCGCUGUUCUGGUCCACCAUGUGCAUUAACCCUAUUCAGGUCCUCUUCUUGCCUUCAUUCGUGAUUCGGACUGUACAGAAGACCUGGCUUGCUUGGAUUAUCAGCGUGAUCUAAAGCUUGUUCCGUGCUUGAUCUACACUGUACAGUCUCGAGCGAGCGGCCCUCAACCUGAAUCUCAUGGCGUCUCCUCGAGACUUACGGCCCACUCCUACGGAUGGCUACUCAACAGCUACCUCGUUUAUGCAGCAGGAUACUGAGGAGACUCUUCUAGCUCAUCUUCCCCAAUCACUAGCUUCAGGGGGUGUAAUAGCCAGCCAGAAUGUGCCUGCCGUCCUCCAGCGGAACGUUCAUAUGCAGUAUCUCCUGCGCAACUUGCGACAAGGCUUCCCCCAACGAUAUACUGGCCAGGAUGCGAGUCAGGCGUGGCUCAUGCACUGGACGUUCCAGGCAUUCAGUUGCCUCGGUGUUGGGAUGGAUGGAGAGACGAAGAGAAAGGCACGCGAGAAGAUAUUGGCCAUGCAACACGAAUCUGGAGGGUUUGGCGGAGGUCCAAGCCAGGCUCCGCAUCUACUAGCCACCUAUGCUGCAGUCUCUGCACUUGCAGUCGUCGGAGAACCUGGACCCGGCGGGGGUUGGGAUGAGAUCGAUAGGCAGAAGAUGUACGAGUUCUUCAUGUCAGUGAAGCAAUCCGACGGGUCCUUCCUGGUAUCUCACCAUGGAGAGGUGGACGUCAGAGGACUAUACUGUCUUCUUGCGGUCGCGACACUCCUCAACUUGUUGACUCCAGAGCUACUCCAGGGCGUACCUGAGUUCAUCGCAAGCUGUCAGACCUACGAGGGUGGUUUUGGCAAUGCUUCUUUCCCGGACUGGGCAUUCAGCACUGAUGGCUAUGACCCAGCAGCCCCUCGUCCCGUCCUAGGUGAAGCUCACGGCGGCUACACCUUCUGUGCACUCGCUUCUUGGGUAUUCCUCCAACCCUAUCUCCGCAUCUACUAUAAGUCCAAGCCCCCGUCCACCGCCGAUGCACCUGCUGCCAUUGACCGGAUUCCGCCUACCAUCAACAUGCGUUCCCUCAUCCGUUGGCUCACGCAUAUGCAGGGCACUGGCAUCGAACUUGGAGGCUUCAAAGGCAGGACAAACAAGCUCGUAGACGGGUGCUACAGCUGGUGGGUCGGCGGUUGCUUCCCCCUCGUGGACGGCCUGUUGGGCCCAGGCGCUUCCGCUGCUACACACGAAACUGAGACGGCUACCAAGGCAGAACAUGCGCAGGCGUCUGCGGAAGACAAUGACUGGCUCGACAUUGACGACGCACUAUUCAAUCGCGAGGCGCUGCAGGAGUACGUCUUGUUCGCCGGUCAACAUCCUGCCGGCGGAUUGAGAGAUAAGCCGCCCAAACACCCGGAUUCGUACCACACUUUGUACUGCCUUGCUGGUCUUUCCGCGGCUCAACACCGCGUUGGCCCCGAUCACUCGCGGAGGGAAGCUCUGCUCCAGAGCUGGGAUGCAGACGCAGCCCGACAGAAGGCCGUUGCGUCCGGUCCUCCGGACUCGCAGGAGCGUCUAGACAGUCUGCGCCGAGAAUCCUUCCUUGACGCCCUGUGCUGGUUGGAAGACGAAGGCGCGGACAAGUACGUCGGAGGGUCUGCGAAUCGUGUGAAUGCGACCCAGCCUCUGUUCAAUCUGACGAUCACCCAUACCGAGCUUAUGAUGAAGCACUUCUACCAACAGAAUUUGCCUUCGCGGGUACCGAAGGCGGCAGCAACGCGCCCUUGACUCCAUGCUCAUCUCCGUUUUUGGAAGCAAGCUUUGAUCUAAACGCGGAUGACAUGUGCGUCCUGUGAUGCGACGUUGGUAGGGAUGGUAGUACAAUGUCCUGAAGUGCUGUAAAACUCUGAACCGGUAUGACAAUAGCUUCCAGGCAGUUGCGGGGUCCGUGAGUCUUUCAUGGGUUUGUGCCCCUCAUCAUGCUAAACAAUGUCUCUAUAACGAGUGUUGCGAUCACCGUUGUAGCACUUGGACGUGAUCUCCGGGUUAUUGAGACUGGCGCGCCCAAGGGCCCCGGUAAUGAUCCAUCGCGGCUUCUGGCUCCCAAGUUAGACUUCGUGGUGGCCGUGUGUGGACAACAGCAGGAUGGUCUCCGGUCAUCGGUUGUCGAGGUCAUUGAUCAUGAUUCAGCCCUACAAAUACACCCUCAGCG